AUGCCAGCACCGCUCACGGAGCUUGUACUGCUCCCUCUGCUAUUCUUGUCAGGCGCCCAUGCUGCGACAACGACUACAAAGACAAGCACUACAUCAAUCUUCCUGCCCUCGCGCUCCACAUCCUCAGGCUACCACAUCUACGCCACGGCGCUGACCUCGGAUGCCUCAUCAACCGAGUACCUCCUCGCGUGCCAGACCAUCUUCACCGCGCCGUACUCGUGUGGCGGUGACUUCACGGGUGUGACACUGACCGUGGCGCCGACGUCGUUGCACCUGAACCUAGGCCCGUCCGCAGGCGUCGAGUUCGACUGCAAGCUGUCGUCAACAUCUGCCAAUCCGGGCGGCGCCGUGUGCACGACGACCAGCUCGGGCAUCGUGGCUACGAGCACGGUGGCAACGCUUGCCAGUGCCGAGACUGCGCGGCGCGCGACCGCCAUCACCAUCCUGGACGACGGCCGCAAGAAGGGGAGCAGCACUACGGGCACUAGGAGCACUACAACCUCGAGCCGGAUCACCGGUGCGGGCUCGUCGACGACCACCACGGCGGCGGCCGGGAACGGGCUGUGUAAGCGCAAGGUCACAGGAGGGUCAGGAGGGAGCGGAGGCGAUGGCGCUACUACGGAUGGUGACACCUCAGGUGGGAGUGCUACCACGACGAAGGGUUCCGGAGGUGAUGGCUGCUCAGGAGGAAGCAAGGCGGAAGCUGGGAUGGUGGUGAUGGGCUUGCUGACAUUAGGCACGGUGGUUGGAAUGAUUAUGUUAUAA